AUGUCAAAAAGGACAUUCGAUGGUGGCCUGGGUGAAUUUGAAAGUCACGCUGGCUAUACAUUCUGUGGACUGGCAACGCUAAAGCUCAUGGAUAGGCUAGAGCUGAGGAAUUGGACCAAAACGAUUCAAUGGCUGGUCCAUCGACAGAUAUCGUUCACCAACUGGAACCAGGACCUGUUGGAAUAUGAAGAUUGUGAUAUGGACGAUGUUGGAUCCCAUAACGGAAGAAUUAAUAAAUUCGGUGACACUUGCUACUCAUUUUGGUGUUCAGCAUCUUUGGCAAUUUUAGAAGCACAGCAGUUUGUCAAUAGAGAUGCGAUGGCAAGCUAUCUGCUCAGCAAGACUCAAAGCACAGUGAUUGGUGGAUUUGGUAAGACAGAUCAGCAUACAUCGUCUCCAGAUCCAUAUCAUAGCUUUCUAGCCUUGUCUGCCUUGAGUCUUAUGAGUGAGGAGACAAAGCUUCCAGCAGUCAAUCCUAUGCUAGUGGUUACACAAGAUGCAUACGACAGGUUAUCAAACUCAUGA